CCUUUUUAAUGCAUUCCAGCUUGAUCGAGUGGGUUCCUUCAUCAGUAGUGCUAUAAUCCUCCCACUAGCAGCAGGCUCCUUCAUGCCAACAGGGCCCCGCAGACGUGACGCGUCCUGUUCGCACCGAGCUCCGGAGCAUCCGUGGAGGCGUCCUUUCCCCGCCGUCCCUCACGACACCUGGACGUCCUCCGAAACACGUGAUAGGGGAACGGAGCGAUAGAGGGAGAGCGAGAGAGAGAGAGAGAGAGCGAGAAGGGGAGAGGCAGAGAGAGGGAGAAACCAAGCCGUCUCUUGGUCUUAUUCCUCGGCGUGGAUGCACGGAGACAGAGCGGGGAAGAGCAGCCACGUUUCUUUUUACCGAGCAUCGUAUACCGAGUUGCUGAUCUAAAGCUCUGGUCCUCAUCUCUGACCAGAGUGGACAACCGCACUCUAAAGUCUAGAGCAACAUGACCCAGGAGGGGCAGGCUUUGCCGUCUCCCACCCCACCAGAGAACCCAGCAGAGCCCAUUAACACCACCAGCGACCUGCCCACAGAGGCUCAGGACCAGGCAGAGCAAGACAAGCCUGGUUGUGAAGACAUAAACGAAGGAAAACAAGAAGAAGACAUCUGCAAGGAAGAAGAGGAAACACAGGGGGAGGCACACUGUAAUGUUGAAGGGAGGGAAGAAACAAAAGCAGAGGGAGGAGAGGGUGUUCACCAACACCAGGCGGACGAGGAGGAGGAGGAGGAGAGGGAUGCGACAAACGGGAAUGGAUGCGGAAAUGAUGAGGUGAGCUCAACAGGGGAGGAGGAAACACAUGCCGCAGAUGAGAUGAAAGAAGAAGAGGAGGGGAAAGAGAAUGAAGAGAUGCAACCACAAACAGAGGAGGAAGCAACUCGGCCCAGACAAGCUGGACGAUUAACCAAUGGCAUAAAUGGGGAUCAAGAAGAUGACGACGGUGGUGAAGAGAACCAUGAAGAAGGCGAGGGCGGGGCACACUUAGACACUUUUAGCUCUGACUUUGAAACCACUGUGGAACAGGCUGACACUGAAGUGGAGGAGGAGGCGGAGGAGGAGGAGGACCAUGUGCCAAAAGAAGGUGAUGGGAGAGGAAACCAGGACAGUUUCAGCUCAACGUUUGAGCACAUUGUUGAGCAGGUGCAAGAGGAGGAAGAAGACGAGGAGGAGUUGAAAGAAGGUAGAAGCAAAGGUCAGGUGGACAACAAAGACGGCUUCAGCUCCACCUUUGAGCGUAUCAUAGAGUCUGCCCUGCUAAGGGGCGGGACCUGUUACAGCAGCCUGGACUCUCUGGAUGUGCUGUCGCUUACAGAUGAGACUGACAGCUGUGUGAGCUUUGAAGCACCACUGACACCACUCAUCCAACAGAGGGCUCUCUUACAGGGCCCUGAGCCUCUGGAGCUGGAGCUAGAAACUGUUCAGGAGCAGGAAGGGGCUGAGGCUGGACCAGAUGCCCCAGCUAGUGAUCUCAGGGCGAGCUGUGUGGAUGGAGUAGGAGGAAGCCCUCUGAGAACCACCAUACCAGGGAGCCGCUCAGAGUUUGUUCUGAGUCAGCCAGGACGCUGGGCCAUCCCCAAUGGAUACCAUACUGACUCCCAGGGAGCCAUGCACAAUUCUGACAGCGAUGCCAACCUCACAGACGUGCUGUCUGACUCAGACGAGUGCGAUUUGGGCAGUCUGGAGCAUUUGGAGCGCGGUAGUACCGACACUUUGGCCAAUGGCUGCCGAGCUGACUACGAAGCUGCCAAAAGGCUCGCCAAGCGCCUUUAUCACCUUGAGGGCUUCAAGCGCUGUGAUGUGGCCAGACACCUGGGCAAGAAUAAUGACUUCAGUCAGUUGGUGGCGUCAGAGUACCUGAGCUUCUUUGACUUCUCCGGCUUAUCUCUGGAUCGGGCCCUAAGGAACUUUUUAAAAGCCUUUCCGCUGAUGGGGGAGACGCAGGAAAGAGAGCGAGUCCUGGUGCAUUUCUCCAAACGCUUCUGCCACUGCAAUCAACAAACAAUCACAUCUGAAGAUGGAGCCCACACACUAACCUGUGCCCUCAUGCUGCUCAACACAGAUCUACAUGGACACAACAUUGGGAAGAAAAUGUCCUGCCAACAGUUUAUUGGUAAUCUAGAUGGCCUCAACAAUGGCAAAGACUUUCCCAAAGACUUACUGAAGGUCUUAUACAACUCCAUCAAGAACGAGAAGCUUGAGUGGGCUGUUGAAGAAGAAGAGCUAAGGAAAAGCCUGUCGGAGCUGGUGGAGGAACAGUGUGAGGGCGGGAGUAAACGUGUUGCCAGGGUAACGGACAGCAAUAACCCUUUCAUCGCCAUCCCCAUCCUCCUCAAUGCCGUAACCUACAAACACGGAGUGCUAACUCGGAAAAGCCAUGCUGAUAUGGAUGGCAAAAGGACCCCAAGGGGUCGCCGUGGUUGGAAGAAGUUUUAUGCCGUUCUCAAGGGGAUGAUCUUAUAUCUCCAGAAGGAUGAAUAUAAGCCGGAUGCUGACAUUUCAGAGGUGGAUCUGAAGAACGCUGUGCGGAUCAACCACGCUUUAGCCACCCGUGCCACCGACUACAGCAAGCGAGCCAACGUACUCAAGCUCAAAACCUCUGACUGGAGAGUUUUUCUGCUGCAAGCGCCGGACGAGGAGGAGAUGAUGUCGUGGAUCUUCCGGAUAAAUCUGGUGGCAGCACUCUUCUCCGCUCCAGCCUUCCCUGCUGCUAUUGGCUCCAUGAAGAAAUUUUGUCGUCCCAUUUUGCCAUCUUCAUCUACAAGACUAAAUCAGCAGGAGCAGCUGCUGAGUCACGAGAACAAGCUAAAGCAGAUGAGCCUGGAGCUGGAAGAGCACCGGAAAAACCCGCCCUCAGCUGACCCCAAAAACCGCGAGUGGGAGGAGUAUCGGCUCAAAGAGCACUACCUCACAUACGAGAAGACUCGCUAUGAGACGUACAUCAGCCUCCUUCAGGCCAAAAUCCGCACUGAAACAGACGAUCUAGAGAAGAUCGAGGCCAGCGUGGUGGGUGGCCUGUUGAUGGAGGGCACUCUGGCCGGCCACCUCCGCAAGACGCAGUCCUCGCCGUCCAUCAGUCAUGAGGCUCACAGCGGCUUAAAUGGGAGGGGCGCCGGAUGCACUGCCCCGGGACAGAUGAGCUGAGGGGACGGGGAGGAGGGGGUCACAUGGACCACACCCUUCCGAGCAACAUCCCUUGAAGCCAAAACCAGUGUCAUGGUUUUCGGUCCGUCCUUUAAUGGUUCGAAUCAGAAUCCUUCCUAGAAUUUAUCCCCCUGGUGAUAAGUUUCCGAAAGCAAUAGAUGAUGAAGACCUGCCAUGACUGCCCCCCCUCACUACUAUUGCACAUUUUAAAAUGAUCGGAACUGUGAUCACUAUUUAUAACGUCAUCAGUAUUACUUUCUCGGACGCUGUUGUCUUUAGCUGUGUUUACUUUGGGCGAGAGAAAAAGUAUAUAUAUAUGUGUUAGUCAGACAAAUGUGUGCGAUGGAGGAAAUGGUACUACUGUAGCAUUUUGUUUACACACUCACUUUUGGACCUAUCAUUGUGGUGCAGUGUGAUUAGCCGCCAUCUUUGUUACAGAAACUCACAAAGAACCUCUCAGAAGGGACCCUGCCAUGUAGAGCAUAUUUAUUUAUUUAUUUAAUUCCUUACAAAUAACCUGUAUUGGCUCUCGCUGUUUUUACAACCAUCUCUUUGCACACACAUACACACAGAGGAACAGUUCGCUGGAGGAACUCGGGGUUGAGUGCCUUACUUACGGCACCUUGAGACCAGCUAGUGAGCAAAAAAGAACUUGAAUCGAAACGGUCCUGGAUCAGAGCUCAUCUCUGUCAUUUGUAAGUUACCCCAAACACGGACGGACACGUGUUGAAAUAGUCUGUUUGUUUCCACCGUCUCAAAGACAAAACCAUCAAGCACUGUGCCGUGUUCGGCUGGAACUACCGCCAUGCUCUUUUUGAAGGGUUGGAUUUCAUUACGGAGGAAGCAUAUCCAUACCAUUUUUUUUUUAAAUUGAUAUAGUCUUUUUACACCCCCACAAUUGAUUUAAAAUAAAACAAUCAAGAUGUGA